AUGGCAUCGGUAGGCUCUGCUUUUGAGAAGAUCGGCACCCAUCUUGAGUGCAACAUCUGCACAGAUAAAUACAAGCAGCCGAAAGUACUGAACUGCCUACAUAGCUUUUGUGAGGGGUGUCUUGUAAAAUACCGUGAUGGCACAUACGGAGGAGCACCACAAAUCCCUUGCCCUGUGUGUCGUCAGGAGACGGUACUUCCACAGUCUGGCAUCCAGGGCCUCAAGACCAACUUCCAUUUGGUUAGUCUAAUUGAGGAAUUUGAAUUACAGAAAAAGGUAGCAUGCUUAGAAGACCCGAAGCUUCUCUGUGAGACAUGCGACGAGGAUAACGAGGCUUUGCAUCACUGUCUCGACUGCGGAUUGAAUAUCUGUACGUCGUGCCACAAGACACACUUACGGUUCACAGUGUCGGCAAACCAUGUCGUAGUAACUUUAAAUGACAUUCGUCAGGGGAAGGUGAACCUGAUUAAACAACCGGACCAGUCCAAAUGUCACAAACACAAGGAGGGCGUCACACAAUUCUAUUGCAAGACAUGUGACGAGCUGAUCUGCCAAGUCUGCACAGUUGUUGAUCAUCCCACUACUAAACAUGACAUCACUGACAUCGGCACAGCUUCUAAAGAAUACAGACAGUCACUGAAGAAUGACUUCUCAGCUCUUGGUAGAGACAUACAAAGCCUUGAGUUGUCUUUGCAGGACACUAUUGAAGCUAAGACGAUAGUCAAGGACAACAUGGCAAAGGCCCGAAAGGGGGUGCAGGACAAAGCUGCUGAGGUCAUAGCGAAGGUCAAAGCUGAAGAGAAACGACUCCUCGAUGAAGUCACUACCCACGAACGGGAACAAACUGAGGAACUGGAUGAGCACGAGAAGACACUGAGUGACAUGCUGCGUAAAAAGAGGCAUUCCCAUAGCACCGGUAAGGACGUAACGAGUAAUGCAUCAGACUGCAACCUUAUUUCACUCUAUCCCGUGAUCAGUAAAGAUUUGACAAAGAUGAACAGUCAGCAUCCUCCACAGUAUCCCCACAAACUUUGGUACCUGAGGUUCAAGAGGAGUCAGACAGACAUCGAUCUGGGCGAGGUGGAGCAGGAAAGGGACAAGUGGGAACUGCAGCAUACAUUCGGCAAGCAGGGGAGUGGUGAAGGGGAGUUUGAAUUCGCCAGAGGCAUUGCAGCUGCUGCUGACCCUGACGAGAUUGCUGUAGCUGACUGGACAAACAAGCGAGUUGUAAUCUGCAACAACCAGGGACAAACCAAGAACAUCAUUCAAGUCGUUGCAAAUAACGUCGUUGCCGUAUCGAAUCAGUGGGUAUGUACUGACGACAAGAAGGUGAUGGUUUACCAAAGAGACACCACGCACAAGUUUGAUUUCCACACUUUGCCAGAGGAUGAGGUUGGCAAGACAGACGGGCAGCUCAGGAGUGUAGUAGCCAUGCCCAACGGUAACAUCCUAGGGGGUGAUGAGAAAAGGAAGGUAUUGAUUCAGUUCGAUCCCAGGAAUAGAGAUAUCAUACACACCAUGCCAGUGAAGAUACGACCUUCCUUCUUGGCUGUACUGAGCAAUGGUUGGAUUGUUAUCAGUGAGUGGGAGCAGGGACUAGUGGAGAUAGUGGAGGUUUCUGAUGGCAAGGCUGUGACUGUUAGCACAAUCCAGCCAACCAUUGACGGUAAACCAGUGAAAUACUGCAACGGUGUAUGCAGCAACAGCUCGGGUAUCUACCUUGCAGUGGACACAGGGUACAACACCGGUCACAUACACCAUUAUGAUUGUACGGGUCAUUUUGUCAGCUGUGUGGUCCAGGGUCUGUACGACCCCCAUGGAAUUACAUUUACAGCAGAUGGGCAACAGCUGGCAGUGGCUGACCUGUGCUCAGUAAAGAUAUAUCACAAGGUGUGAUACUAACGAUGUUAUCCAGUAUAAAACCGCCUUCCCAUGCCCCCUUUUUUGGUCUGUUUAUGCCCGCUUGUAUAAGGCCUAAUGGAGGCCUAGGUAUACAUUUAAAUACAUAAAGAUAAACAAAACAAAUUAAUAACAAAGGACUUACAACGAGCAUGUAAAUGAUGUCUUAAUAUUAUGUCCCAUUAUGUAUUCGUUCUUUUCUUCAACUUCCAACACUGACGAAUUUUAAACACGAAGCGUUAUUAUAUUUUUCUAAAUUGUUCAAUUCAGACCCCAAAGUUUGAAGACAUCGUCGCCAACGGUUACUUAAAGCUAAAGAUGUAUGAAUGUUUAAUCUUCCCUUAAAUUAGAACCCUUCCACAUUAAAGCUGCGGUCUGAAUGUGACGCCCAUGUCACGACAGGAACAUAUUACUCGGUGAAUGUUCAUUAUUGGUCAUCCGUCACUACGAUGAUCGCAAACAGAAAAUUAAUGACAGACACGACAGAAUACAAGAUUUGAGUGUAGUUACAUGUAUGUCACAGGCGGCUUUUUAGAAAAAAAAAAUCAUAAAACGAAAAUGUCAUUUUGAUUUGUGAAAUUAUAGCGACUGGAUCUUCUGCUCUUUUUUAAGAAAAUGAUAAUUUAAUGUCAGUUUUGGAGGUCAACAAGAGGAGAGCUUGAUGAUUCAUCACAUAAUUCAAAGAACCAGAAAAUCUGUAAAUAUAAUUCCUUUAGCCGUAAUUUGUGGUACACUACAACAUUCCAAAUUGUUGGAGCACUUCUUUUUUGGCAGUAGAAAUAACUUUCGACUUGAAAUGAUAUCAAUUGUUUGUAAGUAAAGAAAUCGACAUUUGAAUUGGUUCAAAGGUUUUUCACUUCGAAUUAUUUGUAUGCAUGUCAGUCGUUCUGGAGGUGUUUGUCGAAUACUAAGGAAAUGCAUGUAUUAAAAAAAAAAAGAUAUCGUUGGAUGAGUUUGCAAAACGGCAAUUACCGAAGUUAAAAUCAUAUGAAACGUUGCUUUAAUCUCUUCUACAUGUACAUCCAAAUCGACUGUAGCCACGUAUAACGCUUGUAACAUAAUAUGAAAACCUUCAAUGUGAUUACAAUGAUUUAUUGUCAAAAUCAGAAUUUUUGUUCAACAAAAAAGUGAUAAUGUCUCACGACCCAUCACCAACUUUCUAGAAGCGAAAUAUAAAUGAAAAAAAAAUGCCUUUGUUGCAGUGUGAAAAAAAGGAAUUGCUCAGAAAGUUAUUAUUAGCAAUAAAAUAGUGUAUUUAAGGUUGAAUUCAUGUAAGAAGGAUAAAGCCUUUCAUGCACAAUUCAAAUGCGUAGGCCUAUAGUUUGUAUGACCUGUAAUCCACUUUAUGGAAUUAUUUACAAAUUAUCGCAUGUCGUUAUCGAGUACAAAAAUACCUACUGACGUAUACAUAACUAGCCUAUUUCCAAAUAUCCUAAAUGAGUUAAUAUAAUUCAUAUCGAGAUUCUGCAAAAAAUAUGUAUAUUAUUGCUCAGCCAUUAAUUAUCAGGGGAAAAAGUAAAUUAUACAUACAAACUGUUACAACUUUGUAAAUAAUCAAAACAUCUUGAUUUUGACGCUUUUGCGGUUAUUAAUUAUUGUGUUGUCAGCGGGAAUAAUGUAGUCGAGUCAAUCACUUGCCCAUGCAAGUAGUCACAUUAGUUAUCCAAUUUAAAUCACACGCUAGUCAAAUGAGCUUUGACAUUGGCAUUCAUUUGUUAUUGUUCAAUGCACCUUCACUUGUAGUCGGACUUGUGAAUUGACUUGUGAUGAACUUGUGACUGGACAUGUGACUGACUCAAGAUAAACGUGACUGCAUUCCCGGUUGUCAGUGAGUCUUUCCUUGUAUAUUGCUAUUGCUAAAAUCAAAAUCAUAUUUUGCGGAAAAAGUACAGUUUAAGUUCAUUACAAAUAUUUAAGAUUGCUUUGCAAAACACAUUACUUCACUGCAACAACAUUGAUGUAAAUCGAAGUAAGUAAAUGCAUUGUGUAAAACCAUCGAUGAAGGUCGUAAUGCGUAUAGACAUUAUUAUUAAGAUGUAAUAAACGAGCCAAAAAUCGCAAUUAUAACAACAACCAAAGGGACACUUCAGGGAGCCAUUCGAAUAAUCUAAUGCACAAGCAAAACAUUCCCAAUACCCCCAUUUGUAAAUGCCCCUUUCCAAAAUAUUAGACUAUUUUCGACAGGAUAAUUGUUUAUGAUGCUACUUGCAUAACAAUCCGUUCUAGAGAGAGACAUACAAUUAACCUAACAAUAAAGGUCUCCCUAAUGUAAAAUUA